CAUCACCACCUCUGCUUGACACCGGCACUCCCGCUCCAGCAUCGGCAUAUCCGCGGCUGCCAAACUCCACAUCCGCCUGCUCCCCUCAAAGCACACCAACCUGCUGUCCCUUGGAGAGCAAGCGCAGCCAGCCAUCUCGCUCGAUAACACGGCAUAACUCCCUGGCUUCAGCCAACCCCAAAAGCCACACCAUGAGCAAACUCAGAUCCACCGAGAUGGCAGCCCUAGAGGCGAUGGCCAUGGAGAUCAUGGUCACGGGCAGAUCCCCAAACUUUCGCGGAAGCCUGCUGCACAGAUACAACAAUUGGGCUCAGUCCGCUGGGUAUCCGACAAGAACCGCAGAGUUCUUGGAGGAGCAGUAUCAGCGUCCCAAAAGCUCCCCUGGCAAGCAAAGGACAACUCCCCAACGCGGCAGAGGCCGCCGGAGUUCCUCCAGCACAUCAACGCCUUCGAGCUCGCUCCCAAGCCCAUCUCCGCAGCCACACUUCGCCUCCGGUAGCCCAAGCGCUCAUGGCCAAGCUUCAAGGGCUGGCAGUCGCAGCGGCGAAUCGGCCUCAAAAGCCAGCUCGCGAACUUCUCGAACCCCGAACUCCUCGACAAAGCAGUCCCCUGGAUAUAUGUCGGCCUCGCUUGCUGCUUGUGGGGGGCCAUCAAUGAGCACGCCUCAGCGGAAGCCACAGGCAGCUCGAAAAACAUUCCCCAGUGCUUCGCCAAUUCAACACCCAACCGCGAUCGCCACAUCGCCGUCGGCAACGAUCCCAGACCGUCACCGCCCCGGCGCCACCUUGACUUUGCCAUCAGUCUCACCAUCAGUCUCGCCAUCAGUCUCGCCAUCAGUCUCGUCGCCAUCCCGACCGCAAUCCAUGGUCGGUUAUAUCUCCAUGGCGGCGUCCCAUCCUAUUUACCCAACCAUAUCGCCGACCAUAGUAAAUGUACCAAAGGCGCCACCAGCAACACCCACACCUCUGCGGCCCCGAGGAUAUGGGCCAACCUCUCUCAUGGCGCAUUUCGCUGGCGGAGCGGACGACACGCGCUCCGUUUCAAGCAGCUCCAGCUCCAGCUCGGAAUCGAACAGCGCCGACGAUGAUGACAGUGACGGCAGCGCUGACAGCGAUGCCAUGUCACGCGACGAGGAGCUUGGCGUUAGACACAUCCACGAUACCAGCCACGAUACCAGCCACGAUACCAGCCACGAUACCAGCCACGAUACCAGCCACGAUACCAGCCACGAUACCAGCCACGAUACCAGCCACCACAACAGCCAGGGCAGCGUGAAACAGCAACCAAUCCCUCGGUUCUCCAUCAAGAUAUUGCCACCAACUCGACUCGAGACCAGUCCCAUCGACCAUAGUUCGGAGAGCGAUGAAAGCGAGAUUACCGAGUCGAAAACAGCGACUCCGCGCGAGCCCUUCGUCCAUGAUCAUCAAGAUGUCGCGUGGAGCGAUUCAGGGGCGGCUGACAACAGCUUUGACCAUGUCAUGGACGACUAUCCUUCUUCGCCGGAGGGUCCGAAGCGUGGCGCGUCCGUCGAAUCGAUUGUUCGCAACGAAACAGACGGCUCGGUGGCGACAAGCUCUCAGGCGAGUCCAGUUCAACUGGCUGAAAGCGAGUCCGAGCUUGAAGACACAGCCUCCCAAAGCAAACCUCCUGGAGAUGUUUCGCUCGGCAAAUCCUCUGCCUGUGCGACCGAGCUGUCGCAAAUCAACCCACAACACGAGACCGCGUCUGAUGUCAGCACUUUGGGACCCAAGACCCGUCUGGCCCGAGAUCAACCCGAGAUCGAAAUCAAGGCAACAGGCCAUGGCGAACCGAAUCAAGGAGCAAGAGCGCCGGUAGUGUCUAAACCCGGGCCUGAGUCCGCGCGAAAGCUGUCCACGCCAGCCAAGGCACAGCCGGUUGGUCGCGUGACAGAUAUCGAGUCAUCGAUCUUUAUGAACUUUUUCCAAAGAUACAUCGCCGGUGGCUCCCGUCGGCAACAGACCUCUCAGUCUCACUUGUCCGCGGACCGGAACGGAGAGUCGCAGAACAAGCCGCAAAACAAGCCUCAGGACUCAAAAGAGAUCUUGGACCAGCUGUUCCUCGGCAGCAGCAGUAGCAGUAGCAGUAGCAAUGGCAACGGCAAUGGCAGCGGCAGCGGCAAUGGCAGUGACACGUCUGCUACAGCUGAUACCCACAGUCAGAAGAAACAGCAGCAGCAACGAAAUGGGCUACCAAAGGGCAGUACUGGCGCUUCGACUUCACUGCCUUCGGACCCUCCGCGGCUUCAGACCGUCUUUUCGCCACUUUCGUCUGCAUCCGGGACGGCCCGAGAUCACAUCUCCUUGGCGGCGGAUGGGAUCGUCAAGUCAGAGGUGAUUGUGCCGGGCACGCCAACCAGCAUACACGCCGAAAGAACCGGUCGCUACAGCGAUACCGAAGCCGGCGAGCAGGUGCAUGAGAGCAGCCCUGGGGACUAUGACGAGCCUAUGGCCGAAUAUGCUCCAUCGCUCUCUGUGGAUGAACCUCAGGGCGCCACUUUACAUGCCACCCGGGCCGAUUCUAAGUUGCCCGCGGAGACUGCCGCCGCAAUCAACCAAGCUCCGUCCAAAAUUGUUGGCGAGCCAGCAGCGCACCAGCCAUCCCAAGCAGCCGAAACAGCCGAAACAGCUGAGCCAUCAAAUAUCGUGAAGAUGGAGGUGGAUCUCAUCUUUACCGAGCCACAAGCGCAGGAACUAUCCGUCGAUGGCCUCGCUCCCAAACUGAGCCGACCCCGAGUCCACCAAGAGCGGCACGGGAUGGAUGUGGAUAUGGUAAUGCUGGUGACAUGCCCGCCAGAUCCACCACUCGUGCAGAAGCAAGAUUCGCUGCUGGUCAAACCGGUGGCGUCGGUGGCCGAGCCGGCGUCGCAGAAUGCCUUUGAUGCUCUGCGCGAGCCGCCUCUGCCUCCUGAUCGGCAGCAGACCAACGCCUGCUCAAGUGCCAAAGCCUUCGAUGAGUCAUAUACCCCUGCGGUAGGGAGCCCCAGAGACUUGAUGGAUACUUUGACGACGCCAGAGGAGCCCUCUGUCGUUCACCCCGAUGCCAAUCCUUUGGUCGAGUCGGCUGGACCGGCAGACUUUGCGUCCACUCACUUGGCGCCGAAGCUAGCCGCCAAGGAUAUCGAAAGCAGCAGCGUGCUCGCUGAGCAGCCGGGCCCGUGCCGCAUGGUCGCGUCGAGCUCUGCAGCUCCGAAUCUGAUGCUGAAUCCGGCUAUAUCACAGGCCCCGAAGGCGAGCGUCAAAGUGCAUCAUAGCGAUGCUGAAGCACAUAUACCAAUCUCCGAUCUGGAUCCGUCUAUACCCGUCAGCCCAGCCAGCCCAGCCAGCCCAGCCAGCCCGGCCACGUCGCUCUCCAGCGAAACCGAGUCUCACAAGAAUCAAACCCCUUCUCCCAAUCGGCAGACUCUGCUCAGUCAGUUGGGCAUGGACAGAGAGCUCCAUCCGUUCACCCAGCCUGCCCUGUUUGGCAUCACGGACCAAGAUGCCAGUGUCGACGUGGAGUCCCUCGGCGAUCCAGCUUCGACCAUGGACUUUGAGUUUGAUGAUAUCUUGGAAGGCGAGCACGCUGAUCCUGAUCGCGAUUCCAAUUCCGAUUCCGAUUCCGAUUCCGAUUCCGAUUCCGAUUCCAACUCCGAUCCCGAUCCAGAUCCCGUUGACGUCGAUGUCGGCAUCGAUGGACACGGCUCACUCAAACGACCCGAAGCCGAUGGCUCCGUCGGCACCAAGGUGGCCGGUGCGAGAGAAUUGCCGAACUGCAGAUCAAUCGAUGCCACGAAAGUUGUUGCUGGAGGACAAAUCUCGGCUCAACACA